CAAAGAGAUAUAUACAUGGCUUCAUCAACUGAAAUAUUGGAGCCAAAUCUUACAUCAACAACAGAGAAUGAGGAAGUUAGAGGAGGGAGUUAUGAGUCCAAGUUGGAGGAUAAGAUGGUGGGUUUAGGAUAUAAUGAUGAUGACAAGUAUCCGAGUGGUGAAUUUGAAUUUAAAGUCCCAAGUGCAUGGAAGAGCAUGGUGGUCAAGCUACGUAUGUUAAUUGCUUGGCAACGCGUUCGCAAGAAUAGUGUUUUGAAUAUCAAAUUGCGCGGAAAGAUAUCAGAUCAGCUGAAGAGUCAUUUCUCUUCAGGGUUAUCGUUACCCCAAAUAUGUGAAAACUUUAUGAAGGCAACAUAUGAUCCUCGCAUAUCAGGUGUUUAUCUCCAUAUUGAAUCCUUGAAAUGUGGAUGGGCUAAACUUGAAGAAAUUCGAAGGCACAUAUUGGAUUUUAGGAAGUCAGGUAAAUUUAUUGUUGCUUAUGCAACCCAAUGGCAUGAAAAAGAGUAUUACCUUGGCUGUGUUUGUGAUGAGCUCUACACCCCUCCGAGUGCUUACUUUAGUCUGCACGGUUUAACUCUGCAAGCAACAUUUGUUAGAGGUGUAUUUGACAAGGUAGGUGUGGAACCACAAGUGCAGAGAAUUGGUAAAUAUAAAAGUGCUGGUGAUAGCCUAAUUCGCAAAAAUAUGUCUGAAGAAAACCGUGAAGUGCUUAUUAAAUUGCUAGAUGACAUCUACGAGAAUUGGGUCGAUAAGGUUUCUCAAGCCAAUGGAAAGAAAAAAGAAGAUAUCGAGAGUUUUAUCAACGAAGGAGUUUACCAAGUGGAGAUGUUGAAAGAAGAUGGAUGGAUUACAGAUAUCAAAUAUGAUGACGAGGUUAUAUCUAUGUUGAAGUCACGAUUGGGCAUUGCGGAGAAGAAAAAACUUCCACUUGUUGAUUACAAAAAAUAUUCGAGAGUCGGAAAAUGGACCUUGGGGUUAUCAGGUGGCAAAGAUAAAAUUGCAGUAGUUAGAUCCUCUGGUAGCAUUAGUCGUGUAAAAGGGUCAUUCUUUCCACCUAGUUCUGGCAUCAUUGCUGAAGAAUUUAUUAAAAAGAUUCGCAAAGUAAGAGAGUCAAAAAGUUAUAAGGCUGUAAUCAUCCGAAUUGAUAGCCCUGGGGGAGAUAGUCUUGCUUCAGACUUAAUGUGGAGGGAAAUCAGUCUAUUGGCUGAAACUAAGCCUGUGGUUGCGUCAAUGAGUGAUAUGGCAGCUAGUGGAGGAUACUACAUGGCAAUGGCAGCACAAACUAUAGUCUCGGAGAAUCUUACAAUAACGGGUUCAAUUGGUGUAUUCACUGUCAAGUUCAAUUUGGAGAAACUAUAUGAAAAGAUUGGUUACAACAAGGAAAUCAUAUCGAAGGGACGAUUUGCUGAGCUGUAUUCUGAAACUCGGGCAUUUAGACAAGAGGAAGAGAAGCUAUUUGCUGAAAAAGCUCAGAAUUUUUAUAAACAGUUUCGUGACAAGGCAGCUAGUUCAAGAUCAAUGAGUGUGGAUGAGAUGGAGGAGAUUGCUCAAGGGAGAGUAUGGAUGGGAGGUGAUGCUGCUUCACGUGGUUUAGUUGAUGCAAUUGGCGGGUUCUCACGGGCUGUUGCUAUAGCAAAACACAAGGCCAGCAUACCUUCCAACAAAAAGGUUACUUUGGUUGAGCUUUCAAAACCAAAAUUUUCUUUACAAAAGUUCCUAUUUAGUAUUGGGACCUCAGCAAUCGGACUAAAGCAACUGCAUGAUGGCUUGAUAUCAAAUGAAGGACUGCAAGCCCGUAUGGAUGGAAUCAAUUUUCAGGGAUCGGAGGGAUCUUCGUUUGCAGAUCCUAUUUUCAGUUUGCUAGAAGACUACAUAAGUUAGUUCCAAACCAUAUGUUAAUGAAAGAACUCAAGGCAAAACUCCUUGUUAAUGUUUAUGUUAUUUCAGAUUUUUAUUUCAGUUUCCAUUAAAUUACAUAUCAUAUAUGAGUUCCUUCUUGUCAAACAUGUAAACUGUUGUAAAUUACUUUGUAAAUAAAUAAGCCCACUGUGUCUAA